AUCUGCGAAAGGAACACGGGCGUCAAGUUCCUGCGUGGAUUCGUUUUUUUUUCUGUGCGUUAAAAUCGAUCAAAAUUUGUGAAGUUGAAAAAAAACCCAUAACCUAACCUCAACAACUUGACAGCUGACGGCAGACAUCAUGGUCAAGGUCAAGGGUCUUUGGCGUAGAGGUGGUGGUGGUGGUAACUUCCCGUUGCUGACUGUUUGGUGCAGUCUGCUUGUCUGUUCAAUACUUGCAGCACGUGCUUCGGAUGAGGGCGAACCAUGCCGCUUCCAGAAGGGCCCUGGCGUCUGCAUCGGCUACAGCACGUGCCGUCCGUUGCUGGAAUCCCUCAACGGACGCAUCUCCAUCUGUUCCUACAACGCCCGCGAGGCAGUCGUCUGCUGUCCCCAGGACUACCAGACCAAACUCCAAACGCUGGCCGCCGCGCAGCAAAGUCUCACGAUUAGUGCGAAAAAGUGCAUCGAGUACAUGCGACUGGCGACGCCUACCACGAUCUUCAGCUCGCUGAAACCGAACGCCGAAGUGGUCCAGAAGAAGAGCAAGCUCUGCUCGAACGACAACAACCUGAUCGUAGGAGGCGAAGCGGCCAAACUGGGCGAGUUCCCCCACAUGGGUGCCAUCGGCUAUCGCAAUCCGGACACCGGUCGGGUUGAGUUCCGCUGCGGGGCGACCCUCAUCUCCGAGCGGUUCGUCCUGACGGCGGCCCACUGUCGGAAUGCGGACGCCGUGGUGGUGCGGUUAGGGGAUUUGGAUCUGGAGAGCGAGGCAGACGGAGCGGAUCCGAGGGACUUUGAGAUUGAGGAGUUUAUCAAACAUCCGGAGUACACGUCGCGCACCAAGUACAAUGAUAUCGCGUUGGUGCGGUUGGCGACGCCGGUGCAGAUCAAUAGCAGGAUACGGCCGGCCUGUCUGUAUCAGUCGAAGGAAAUCCGGCAGCAGAAGCUGAUUGCGACCGGGUACGGGGCGAUGGAGAAUUUCGGCAGCAACGCGAACCAACUCCUCAAAGUGGUGCUCGACCAGAACACCCAGGAAGCGUGCCAGCAGGCCUACGCCAACGAUGGACGGCCCCUCUCGCGGGGCAUCGUCGACAGCCAGUUCUGCGCGGGGUACGAACCCGGUGGCCGGGACACCUGCCAGGGCGAUUCGGGCGGCCCGCUGCAGGUCCGGGACGAGCAGGACAGCUGCCGGUUCUACGUGGCGGCGGUUACGUCGUUUGGCAAGUUUUGCGGCACUUCAACGCCCGGCAUCUACACCCGGGUGGGGGCGUACCUCGGCUGGAUCGAGCAGAUCGUGUGGGGGAACGGCCAAAGUGCAGUUUGAGGAAGAGACGAUGAAGAAGCUGGAUUUUUUUUUGCGGGAAAACCAAACAUAAAAUAAUAAACGGGGGGAAAAUGCAAAUAAACAACGUGACGCAGCGUCGGUUUCAGUGCUAAGAGGGGUCAGAGAGGGAGUGUUAUUCCUGCUCUUUGAGAGUCUUUGAGAGCGGCCAGGGAGUAAGAGCUAAGCCAACCCAUUGGCUGGAAGAAACUCAAGAGAGAGGCGAAUGACGAGCGCGCGCGGAAAAACCUUCUCAAAGUUAGCAAACCUGUUUUUGAAAUGAUAACACAACCGUCCGGUGUAGUGAUUUUGGACGAGGUUUUUAUAGUGCUGAAAUAAAUUCGUUGAUUUUUUAAUAAA